AUGCUGCGCUCCCUCACAUGCAGCGCUCCCUCACAUGCAGCGCUCCCUCACAUGCAGCGCUCCCUCACAUGCAGCGCUCCCUCACAUGCAGCGCUCCCUCACAUGCGGCGCUCCCUCACAUGCUGCGCUCCCUCACAUGCUGCGCUUCCUCACAUGCAGCGCUCCCUCACAUGCGGCGCUCCCUCACAUGCGGCGCUCCCUCACAUGCGGCGCUCCCUCACAUGCGGCGCUCCCUCACAUAAAGCGCUCCCUCACAUGCGGCGCUCCCUCACAUGCGGCGCUCCCUCACAUACAGCGCUCCCUCACAUGCUGCGCUCCCUCACAUGCGGCGCUCCCUCACAUGCAGCGCUCCCUCACAUGCGGUGCUCCCUCACAUGCGGCGCUCCCUCACAUGCGACGCUCCCUCACAUGCUGCGCUCCCUCACAUGCGGCGCUCCCUCACAUAAAGCGCUCCCUCACAUGAGGCGUCAUGCCUCCGUAGAUUUAUCGUCGCAGGUGGUAUUUCCUCCCCCUCACCCCCGCUACCUUUCUCCCACUCUGCGGGUCUCCCCACACUGGCUCUCCCCAAUCCCCUCUCCACUACUAGUCACUCCCCAUCCCAUCACCCCCACCAGUCACCCUAACGCUCCCUCACAUGCGGUGCUCCCUCACAUGCGGCGCUCCCUCACAUGCGACGCUCCCUCACAUGCAGCGCUCCCUCACAUGCGACGCUCCCUCACAUGCGGCGCUCCCUCACAUACAGCGCUCCCUCACAUGCUGCGCUCCCUCACAUGCGGCGCUCCCUCACAUGCAGCGCUCCCUCACAUGCGGUGCUCCCUCACAUGCGGCGCUCCCUCACAUGCGACGCUCCCUCACAUGCUGCGCUCCCUCACAUGCGGCGCUCCCUCACAUAAAGCGCUCCCUCACAUGAGGCGUCAUGCCUCCGUAGAUUUAUCGUCGCAGGUGCCGCACUCCCGCUACACGCAGCCACACUCCCGCUACUCGCAGCCACACUCCCGCUACACGCAGCCACACUCCCGCUACACGCAGUCACACUCUCGCUACACGCAGUCACACUCCCGCUACACGCAGCCACACUCCUGCUACACGCAGUCACGUAAAUUUUCCCGCGAUGAUGUGGACAAAAAAUCUAAAGAAUCGCGACAAAAAUCGAGCAUGCCACCGAGCGACCGCGACGGUAAGAAGAAGCACACGCGUCCCACGUUCAGCGGCCAGCAGAUCUUUGCCCUCGAGAAAACCUUUGAGCAAACCAAGUACCUGGCGGGACCUGAGAGGGCAAAACUGGCGUAUGCCCUCGGCAUGACCGAGUCACAAGUCAAGGUUUGGUUCCAGAACCGACGAACGAAAUGGCGUAAGCGGCACGCAGCAGAAAUGGCGACGGCGAAGCGGAAGCAGGAGGAGGCCACGGACUACGAGGACGACGAUCAGGACGAGACUCCGGACCACGGAGGAGGCGACGAUCACGUCUCCAGGGGCGCCGACCCCAAAAGGUUAAAACAAACCAUCGACGACCAGCACUUCGUCGUCGGGCAAAGUUCUUCGUCAUUGCAGCAACAACAAUGUAAUAAUAAUGGGGUAUCUUCGGGGAGUAGUUCAUCCACUUCCUCUUCUUCCCUUCUACCUCCUUCCCCAAACGCUGGUCCCUCAUCUCUGUCCCCUCCGCGUCCCUCGUUACCACUGCUCCCUCAUCCCAUGCUCCCCCAGUCCCACGAAACAAUGCCCCCAGGCCUGAAUCACCAUUUGAUGCACGACCUUCAAUAAAAAUAAUAAAAGCUCACACAAAGAAAGCAAAUUUCUUUUA